AUGUCUGAACAUUCCAUUUCAGAUUCUGAAAAUGAAGCUUCAGCUUCUGCAUCAGGCUCUGAUUCCUCCUCUUCUGAGUCUCGUCAAGCCUCGCCAUCUCCAUCGCCAACCCCGCCGCUAGACAGGGAAUUCACGAUCUUUUCCCUCCUACCACCAGAACUCCGCCGCAAGAUAUGGACGCACACAUUUCCGCCUCGUCUGCUCCCUGUGAAUGACUGGCACACACCUAGUCUUUGGAACCGAGGUGGCCUCCCAAUUGCCUUGCACGUGAAUGAGGAGUCCCGUGAUUUGGUCCACUCCUUAUAUCCCAUGGUCGACGUCGCCAAAUCUCGUUUCAACACUGAGACUGAUACGAUGAUAUUAUCAGGAUGGACGGAAAGGGACCUAAUGAGAUAUCUUCCUACGUUGCGUGAGAGUGAGUUAGCGGGCAGGAUCCGCUUGUUGGCUCUCAGUCAUGCUCUUCACUGGCAUUUCGACGAGCAUCGCGUAUGGGGACCGCGAGCUCAUUUACUCGAGGCGCUGGAGUCUACGGUCCGAGCCAUGACUGGGUUGAAGGAAUUGAUCAUCGUGUAUGAGAUCAGGGGGACUUCCGGAAACAGGAAAGCGAAUGCCUUUCCCAGAUUCUCAGAGAAGCUAUUGGACCAUAGACAGCCGGAUCACUAUGAUGCGCAGCGGCAAAAGAUGUAUCAUCUGAACUGGGAUGAAAUCAGAGAGCCGGAAAGUUUCUAUUCAGCCUGGACCAAUGCGAAGGUGUAUCCUGUGUAUGGUUAUAUCGGCGGUUGA